AUGGCGUCUUGCUUACAAGCAUCUAUGAGCUCUCUGCUCCCACGUUCUUCUUCUUUUUCUUCUCAUCCUCCUUCUCUAUCUUCCAAUUCAUCCGGGAGGAGAGCCUUGAAGAGCUUUCGCUAUUCCUUUCGCGCCAAAGCUGCUGCCAAAAUCCCCAUGCCUCCGUUGAACCCGAACGAUCCUUUCCUCUCGACUCUCGCUUCCGUUGCCGCGAAAUCGCCGGAGAAACUUCUCAAUCGCCCGGUUAACGCCGAUGUCCCGCCGUACCUUGACAUCUUUGACUCCCCUCAGCUCAUGUCUUCUCCUGCUCAGGUUGAAAGAUCGGUGGCAUAUAACGAGCACCGACCAAGAACUCCUCCACCGGAUUUGCCAUCUAUGCUUCUUGACGGGAGAAUUGUUUACAUUGGCAUGCCUCUGGUGCCGGCGGUGACAGAGCUAGUUGUCGCGGAGCUUAUGUAUCUUCAGUGGCUUGACCCCAAGGCACCCAUCUACAUUUACAUCAACUCUACAGGGACCACUCGUGAUGAUGGCGAGACUGUUGGAAUGGAAUCAGAAGGCUUUGCGAUCUAUGAUUCUUUGAUGCAACUUAAAAAUGAGGUACAUACAGUAUGUGUCGGAGCCGCCAUCGGUCAGGCCUGUCUGUUACUAUCAGCAGGAACCAAGGGUAAACGGUUUAUGAUGCCACAUGCCAAAGCUAUGAUCCAGCAACCUCGUGUGCCUUCUUCUGGUUUGAUGCCUGCCAGUGAUGUCCUGAUUCGUGCCAAAGAGGUCAUAAUAAAUAGGGAUAUACUUGUGGAGCUUCUAUCAAAGCACACUGGGAAUUCUUUGGAGACUGUCGCUAAUGUGAUGAGAAGGCCAUAUUACAUGGAUGCACAAAAAGCUAAAGAUUUUGGAGUCAUUGACAGGGUUCUUUGGCGUGGUCAAGAACAGAUUAUUGCGGAUGUUGUUCCUUCAGAGGAAUUCGACAAGAACGCAGGGAUCAGAAGUGUUGAACGAGUCUAG